AAAAAAAAAAAAAAAAAAAAAAAAAAAAAAAAGAAAGAAAAAAAACCCGAACCAUGCCCCGCACAUAUGGAAAAAAGCCGAAGCAGACGCGGCUAUCUUUCAACCCGGCAGGCGCUGCUUCUCCAGAUAGGCAAGGGAGUCCUGGCCGCCAAGCAAAACUACGCUAUGGACAUCCGUCUAUGCCCGUUGUUCGUCCGGAAAGGACGCGACUGGAUUUUAAAAAGCAAGAGGGUCAGAGAGACCGGAAGCAGCGGCCAUCGUCUCCGUCGCCGGUUAAAUCUUCUGAUGUAGAUGGGGGAGAGGAAGAGUCUAGAUCUGCAUCUUCCGGUGAUAAUAAAAGGAAGAAGAAGGGGAAAUCCGCGCGGAAGCAAAAGAAGGCAAUAGCUGUGGACGAAGAUGACAGUGAGCUGGAGGUUGCGCCUAGCAAACGCACGAGGAAUGGAAACCGAACAUCGAAGCGCAAGAGGCCUGCAGUAUCGGAAAGUGAAUCCAAUCAGUCGGAGGAAAAGAGCGACGCAGAUGAAGUUGUCAGUCGGCCGCGUCGCAAAUUGAGACGUGGGGCGGCGUCCAAACCAACUAUUGUCCUUGAUGAUGACGACGAGGAGAAAGAGGAUGAACUUGACCCGAAGACCCAAAAAGAAGAAGAGAAGAAGGAUGAGGAUGAGGAUGAGGAUGAGGAUGAGGAUGAGGAUGAGGACGAGGAUGAGCCACUAGUGACCCCGGCACGAAGACGAAGGCGCAAUAUAGUCUCCGAGGACCCUCAAACGCCUCGUCGAGGCUCAGACCAGGACAAGCUUGAUAUAGAAGAAGACCUUGAAGAUCUCCAGGAUUCAGUGGUGAAAGAAACGCGUACCCGCGGCCGACUCGCCAAUUCCGCGAGGGCCCAAAGACAGCAGCAUCUCGAAAUGCUACGACGGAGACGAGCAGGUUAUAGAUCAGAGGACAUCCCGGAAUCCGAACCCGAACCCGAGGAACCAGAAGAACCAGAAGAAGAGAAGGAAGACGAAGACGAAGACGAAGAAGAAGCAUCAUCAGACGAAAACCAACCACCAACCAACUACCAAACCCGCCUCAACUUCCAACAAGAAAACAGCGACGUCGAAUCCGCAAUCGCAAGCAACGAAGACCUAGACCACUACGACGAUGACUUCGUCCUAGAAGACGAAGAAAACGACACCCUAGGCGUCCCAGCCGGCCUCGAAGACAUGCCCUUCGAAUUCACCCGACACGCCUACAAGCAGACAAAAGAAUACUUCCGGGACACCGUCGAAUGGAUGGUAUUCAACCAGCUAAACCCAGCCUUCCACCGCUCAGCAGCCAUGUACCAAGCAGCAUUCACCAAAGUCGAAGACGAAGUCAAGGGAUGGACGGGCUCGCAGGUCAUGUCAACUGUGUGGAAUCUUGAUUUUUACCGGGCGUUGAUGGCAAGGCCGCAUAUCGAGAUAACCUCGUAUCCGAUUAGCGAUAAUCAUCCGUGUGAUGCUUGUAAUCGGUCUAAACAUCCGGCGUCGUUUGAUAUUAAGCUUUAUGGAAAAGCGUAUUCUAUGGACACCCUGGAGGCCCUAGAAGACGACGAAGACGAUGAAAGCACAAGGGAAAAAGACCGCAACGGUAACGUUAUUCCGUUUGAGGAUACUCGAUUUUACAUGGGACGAAACUGCAAAGCCCGCGCAGAAAUGGCCCACCCCGCCAUCCACUGGCGCUACCACCUAAACGAAUGGGUUGUCGACUACCUCGCCCACAAGGACUAUCUCUCCGACGAAGAGAUCCUCGAACGCAGCCACUGGAGCCCGAAGCGGAAGGCGACAUGCGCUGUCGAGACCGUUGCUAUGAUGGACCAGACGGAUGAGAUUAAGAAGAUGUGGCGCGAUUUCAAACUUCAUUUGGAGGCUGCGAGGGAGUCGGGCAAUGAGAGGUUUGAUAAGUUUUAGCAGUGUAGAUAGGUUUGCGUUUUUCAGUACAUAUGCCGUGAUACCCAUUCGAUUUUGUUCAUGAUGACCAUUUACAAGUACAUAGCGAGUAUAGCAGAGUUGCCAUUCCAUAAGGCCGUGGUAAGAUCAAGUCAUCCAUAUCCAUUAUCUAGCAACGCAAACGAAACCAAUGAAAACCGUAGAUAGAAGACAUGAUGAAACAGAAAGAAAAGAACAUAACAGGGACAUUGGUUAUACAAAUACACAAGCUACCCGAGCCUGGCGGGAAAUGCUGGAAGGAAGAGAAAGCAACGAAGAAGCAGAGGGGGGAGAGACCAGCAAACUAAAGACUCGUAAGGAGAACCAGGACCAGGGGGAGAACCUCAAUCAGCCAUAACCUUUUUUUUCUUUUUUGCGCUGCGCCAUAGUGUAAAAUCCAAGGAACAUCCAGCCCGAACCGUAGCUUUAUACAGAAAACAUGGGCUAGAUGUCGGAGCACAGCACAGUCGGCCCAGAG